AUGGUGAGCCUCAAAACCGUCCAAGCCCAUAACGCGGCCCUCAAAACUCUAGCCCCAGGACUCGUGGCGGUGUUCGUCGGGGGCACCUCUGGCAUCUCUCUUUCCACAGCCCUCGCCUUUGCCCAUCACACCCCCUCCCCCAAAAUCUACCUCAUCGGCCGCAGCCAGUCCGCAGCCGACACAGCCAUUGCCUCCAUGAAAACCCUGAACCCCUCCGCCCAGCCAACCUUUCUUCAAACCGACAUCUCCCUCCUCAAAAACGUCGACAGCGUGUGCGGCGAGGUCGCCGCCAAAGAAAAGAAGCUGAACCUGCUAUUCAUGACACCCGGAUACAUGACGCUGCAAGGCCGAGACGAGACAGCCGAAGGUCUGGACCUCAAAUUCGUGCUGCAUUACUACGCGCGGAUGCGAUUCAUCGCCAACUUGCUCCCCCUCUUAACCACAGCCGCGCAAGACCCCUCUAUAGAUGCCAACGCUAGACUAUCCCGUGUAGUCUCCGUCCUAGACCCACACGUCUCCGUCCGUGUAGGCGGCUCCGGCGCACUGGACUUCUCGGACCUCAGUUUGAAGCACACUUUCAGCCUCAACAAAUGCGGCGCGCAUGCUGGGAGGCGGUAGCUGCGUAGGCGGGUUAUGGUGUUUGUUUUAUUGGAC